AUGCGACGCCGCCUUAUGAGUUUCUCUGUCUGCUACUUCAAGACGCCGUUAGCCAUGGACCAGGUGACCGUCUCGCUCUCCAGUUGCUUCAAUCGUCUUCCACAUCCAGAUACUCGCUUUGAGCAACUCAAGAUGCAGACCUGGGACCAACUCAAGUGCAAAACGCCGAGACUGUUCAAUGCGUCCAAGUUUCGUCUCCAGCAGAUAACCCUUACCCCUAGUGACCAUCACUCCUUACUUACGUUGCACUUGGGAAUAACCGACUAUGCAUCAUAUGUUGGCAUGUGCUGCUCAUCGUUGACGUCACAAUUACUAAAAGAUGGAGAGCAACUACAUGGAGAUCGUUUUGCUUUUUUAUCGAGAAAAGUCGGUGUAGCAGCAGUGGUAGAGACAGUAGACGGUCAUGUAGCACUUAUCAAAAGGAGCAAGAAUGUUGGUCUUUAUCAGAAUAUGUAUGACACACCAGGUGGACACCCUGAGCCUUCCAAUAUUCAAUUGACAGAAGACAGUUUACACAUGCUAAAGGACAAGAAGAAAACAGAGAUGGAAAAGGCAGCAAGACGUGAAUUAUUUCAAUCUAUUGUACAUGAAGUUUAUGAGGAAUUAAAUGUGGCUCCAGAGUUGCAACAACUGCAAAUGUUGCUUGGGGUUGUGCUACAGACGGACGCAUGCACGCCUAGUUUUUCUUUUCAUAUUAAAAUCAAGUGCUCGGCUCACGAGUUGAAGGAACUGUACAAAGCUGGACCGAUGGACAAGUUCGAGUCGGUUGAGCUGGAAUUUUUGACGGUAGAAAACUUGCUGAUGGAAGGAUCGACGAUAUUGGAGGAGCUGCAAUUGACACCUUCAGCAAAGGGCACGCUGGAAAUGUGGAAGCAACACAUGCUGCAAGCCAAAUGA